CUCCGAACUCAGAGCUCGGAAUUGACGCGGCAGAUGUGGCUCCUCUAUGUUACAUUUGAAGAUUUUGUCUGCCUGAAGUAUCCUAACAAGUCCAAGGAAAUUCUGACUACCAGGAUAAAUAUUGAUACCUACAUCUCCUCUCCUGGCAGCAGUCCUGUGAGAAGACCACGAUCACCAUCGGUCAUCGCCACAUCUCAGAAAGAAAUCAUUCAAUCAAAACGCGUUUUGUGUGAGGAUUUUAAAAACCAAGUUGGAUUUAAACCUAUUCAAACUGAAUCGCGGUGUCCCACUAUAAGAGAUAAAGAAUUUGAAUACAAAAGAAGGUACAGUACUACUGUUUCAUAUCAGAUAGCUAAAAUACAGCGGAUUGUGAAGACUGAAAGGGCCAAAAAAACUCGUAACAAUCGACAGAAAUUCGAUCUGGAUGGUUCUGCAGGCGUGAGUUCAAUGGAGAUUGGCCGGGCCGAUCAGUGGAAUCGCAACCGAGAUAGAAUGCAUGAUUUGAGUGAAGGGCGCCUCGGCAGUGUUGGGAGCACGAACCAGGGUGUAUGUAGAUCAUCAAGAUGUGUGAAUUCUCAGGGAACAGCUGAUAAGACUGUUAAUUCGCGGGUCAUUGUUUCGGGAGCAGUGACAGAAUCACACGGGGUAUUGUUACGUGGAAGUGUUCCGCGUCAGAGUCAAAACAGUGCCACAUUAGGGCCAAACAAUGGCCAAGUUCGGCGUUACAAUCCUCAGGUCGGAUUGGAAAAUAGGUGUCUCAGUCACACGGAUCGUCUUAAUCAGUCCGCAGAUCAGAUACAUUCUGUUGGUCGGUGUGUAAGAAACCCUGCACGGGUCGAAACAACUCAUUGUGGCCCGAGAAUCGUGAACGUGCGGGCGCUCCAAGCCAUCACAGACAACGCUUUGCGGGAAGAUCCUUGUAUCACUAACAAACUCAGUGUCCAAAGUAAGUGCUGGAACUCACUUCGUCUACAGGGCAUCCUGCCACUGGACAACUGUCGAUUUGACUGGGACAGUGGGUCCAUGAACGAUCGAAUCAUGACUGAUCCUUUACGUGUGUCCGUCAGACAUGAUAUCUCUUUUCAUUCACAAGAUGGUGGAUAUUUACAUCCACGACCGGACAGCGUCGUGCCGCGACACAAACCUCCACAGACACUUUCCCUUGACCGAGUCAAUUUGGCCGGACGAUCGGACAACAAAAUAACAUCUACUCCGGAUGAUUCUGCUCAUGAUGUCAGUGCUGAUAUUUUUCAUUCUAACGAGUCAUCACCUGUUACGAUUUCAAGUGGAUAUGAAAGUGAUUCCCUGCAUACAUGUGAGGCAGAUAUUGACAAUAUAUUUUUUAAGAGAAAUAAAGCCAACAAUGUGAGUACCAAAACAGCGGAAGGAGAUAACGAUCCAUUGACGGACUAUUUCUCGAUGUCGGACUCCAAUCUUAACGCGGAAGUGACCGCGCCUGUUGAUGGAGACGUCACGCCAACCUCAUCUCCACAAGUCAUUCUUAAUAGGAUGCCCGACAAUCAAGGAAAAGACAAUUCUGUGCCAAAUGAUUUAAAAUCAAAUUCCAAAUCUCGGAAACCUAAACAAGACAGAGUGCUAACACCACAACAGGGAAAUAGUGCCGUGUUUUCCCCUAAAGAGAGAAAUAGUUAUCAAUUAACAAAGGUUGCAAGGUCAAUGUUUGAGAUCAUUCAUGACCUUCAAACCGAAGAAAACUCUGCUGAAGGUAAAAAGAAAGGGAGGAAACCUCGUAGGAAUACCCCUCCUCUAAAACCAGAAAGAUUGAUUGGGGACAACCCCAACCUUCCAUCAUCGUCAUCUUCGAGCGAAACGACGCCAACGAACACGUGCACAAAAACUGGUUUAGGCCAAGAUCAAUUUAAAGCUAUUAAACCACUUCAAACUCAAUGUGAUAAUGUACUUACAAAUGUAAAUCAGGUUCCACAACCAAAACAUUUCGACAGAGUUGUUGGUAAUCCACCAAAAGUGUCUGUGAGGUGUUUAAGACGCCCUCUUGGAGCUGAUCCCACUGACUUUGAUCGCAAUGCAGCACUGCCACAUUCAGACAGUGCACGUGCUUCAACGAACGAAAAUCCCUCCAAGAGUGCGAGUCAGCCGUGCUAUCUGGAGGAGGACACCAGUGUUGCAGCAAAUGACAAUUCCACUGUGCACUGGGAGGGGAGCGGAAAUGACGUGCAUCCGUUUCAUCCCCAAGUACCAGAUAACAUGACCACUCCCAGACCGGCCAUGAUAAAUCAAAACUGGACCACCAAUAUCAAUGACUGUAUGCCCUACGCUACGACGCGGCUUCCCGGGUGUCAAACACCUAAGAGGGAUCCUAGGGACGAUCACGUGUAUGAAACAAUCCCCGGGGAUGAGAUGCUGUCGUACGAGGAACACAUGCGCCUUCGAAUGAAUGGUAUUCCAGUAAAAUUACAGCGUUUACACCCUGAUUGCCCUUUCGUGCCAUAUGAGCCUCCUGCUCUUCCCGCCAGGAACGACCACAGGAUGCCAAAAUCAAGUGGUUUUAUGAACUCUAGUUUCAUCAUGCAUACACAACCCUUCAUACCUCAGAACCUCAUACAGUGUCCAAGGAAUCGUGUUUCACAUCCGCAAUCGUUAAUGCCGCAGUUUUCGUCAUUUCCUGGGAACCAGCGAGGUAAUGUAAACCAUGGGAUACUGUUUAACGCUGCACAACAACAGCACAUUAAUAGAGUAAAAAGUGAAACCAGUGAUUCAACUGUGAUUAAAAACUCCAAAAAACAACCAAAACAACGUCCAUCAUCACAAGAACUUCCGGUCAAACCGCAACCAUUAUUGCCGACUGGUUAUAAACAAAAGCGUCCUGUAUCAGAACAGUUAUCUCAGGCACAUAAAGCUCCAGCUCAGCGGCGCUUACAACUGUUACAGAAACAACAGCUUAUUAGGCAGCAACAACAGCUUCAACUUCUCCAACAGAAGCAGGAGUUGGAAAAACAACAGAAAAUACUACAAUAUAAACAACAACAGCAGGAGAAACAAGAACAACAAAAACAACAAUAUUUAUUGAUGCGGGACAUUAACUCCAACAUUCCAGAAAGGGCAAGUUUCAGUGCUAUUUCAACACAUCAUCACGUCAAUAAGUCAAGGUCAAGGGCAAACUCAUGGGACGGUUACGGCAGUAUGGAUCUCAGAAAGGUUAACGAAAAUGCGCCUUUAAGUAAAGGAGCAUCUAAACUUUCGACCUCUGACCUUUUGGACUAUAUUGAUGACAUCAAACAACCCCCGCCGAAACGACGAGAAAACUUUUACCUUCUUCUGUCUAACAGGCAGAACCGUGCUGAUUUCUCGGAAUCAUUAGAAAUUGAAUCGAAACUCAAAGACCUUGGAAUCAGCGUGAAUCAGGUGAAAUGUGGCGAGUUUCUUGACGAGGAUGGUUACACGACUAUGGACAGCCCGCCAUUAGAUUUUGGUAUUGAGACUGGACCCCAGUUUCUUCAAUCAACAUAUGUGUGA